UUAACAGCUUGGAUAACUAAGUGCAGUAUAUUGAUAAACUAUUACUGACAAAAAAAGCUCAAUUCAGGUUUGCUUGCCCUUUCUCAACAAAUAUAGAACUUUCGAGUUGGACAAUUACUGGUUUAUUAAUUGAAAAAAAAAAUGAAAUUUGUCGGGCAUUUAGUCAAUCGAGGACCUUUCCCAACUGUCGGGCACAUAGCCACUGCGUUUUAAGUACUACUAAAAUAGGAGAAUUCUGAGUUCAGUUUCAAGUUGUGGAAGUUGUGAAACCAGUUUGUAUGCGCAUUAUUGAAUUAAAAACACCUUAAUAACCGACCAAACGUAGUCAGGCCUACGUAAAGUGCUGUAAAACUAAUUACUAAAGUGAACGUUAAAAAGGUUAGAUGAAUGGUUAUAUCUCCAGGCUUCGGAGAUGAAAAACACGAAGGCGCUUAUUUGAGCCAGCUGGAAGUUCGCCUACGAGAAAUUAAUAUAAAAACACCUUGAAACUUGAAACAAAACAGACUGGCGAGUACUCCGCCCCCUAAAAGCACAUAUCGUUGUGCCAAAUUCCAUUUUCCAUUCUUCUAAUCUAGACUAAAGCGGUUGAGUCGCUGCUACGCACGAGAUAAUAGACUCUCUUAUUAGUGAGGCGAUAUUCCGAUAAGAUCAGAGGAUCCUUGGGAGUUUAAAGCUUUUGUGUAGGAAAUAGUAUGGGAAUAAGUGAUAACGUUACGCUAAACAAACUCACGACGGCUUCAAGAUAGCAGAAACUCAACGAAAAAACAGUCAGGAAAAUCAAGCCAAAAAUAUGAACUUCACAACCAAUACACUGCUCAAUUCAACUGCGAGCCCGCAAUGUGUAUUAGGGGUCAGCAGUCGUUCGACCAAGACAGGCUUGACAUGCGCAUACCUUUUCAUCUUCAUUGUCGCCGUCAUCGGUAACACCGUCGUUAUCUACAUCGUGCGAAACGAAAAGCGUCUCCGAAUAUCAUUCAACUACUUUAUCCUCAGUAUGGCAACCGCUGACCUUCUGCACGCGGUCUUCGCUAUCCCAGCAAACAUUUCGUACCUGUACGUGCAGACAGGGUGGUUUUCUGGAUCGUUCGGGACGUUUCUUUGUAAGUUUGUGCACUACGGGACCACAGUGUCUAUUGUCGCGUCCAUUACUACACUGUCUGUGACUACUAUUGAGCGCUACUUGGCUGCGAGGCUGGUGUUGAAAAGGCCGAUGACGGAGCGCUUUGCAAAACGCGCUAUUGCACUCAUUUGGCUGAUUUCUGGACUUCUCUCCAUCAAUGAGCUGGUCAAAUACACAGUUAUCCCACAUCGUAAUUCAACUUUUCACUGUAUGCCUGCUCUGGUCCCGGACCGGAAACACCGAUACGCCAUCGAGAUGACCGUCAAAUUCAUCAUCACCUACGCCUUCCCCCUGAUCACCAUGGCAACCCUCUACACCAUCAUCAUAUGGUAUCUAUGGCAACACAACGUCAAGGGAGUCCUGAACAGCGAUAGUUACCGGAGGAUCCAAAAACGCAAACGAAACUUGAUCAAGCGUUUGAUCACUAUCACGUGUUUGUUUGCACUUUGCUGGCUUCCGGUGCACGUCAAUCAUUUCAUGGCGACGUUUCAUUACCAGACAUAUAAGUGUAUGCCGCACUACUGGCCGUUGCUCUUCUUCUGGCUCGCGCAUGCGAACAGCGCACUCAACCCAAUCCUCUAUCUACUGCUGACCAAAAACGCACGCUCGCUCUUCAGGUCUUCGGUGCAUGCCGCGAGGGGUGAUGGGAACGACACAGGAAGCCGACGCACGACAAGUCGACGCAAGCGAAUGUUGCAACGCCUGCAAAGUGAAUCACGCAUCUUUAAUGCGUGUUUUACCGCUGAUACACCGCUAGAUGUGGCGGAUGAUGUUAAGGCGAAUGAUGGUGCCUUUCGCGGGGUGAGGGCGGGACCACGAUUUUGAUUGAAAGCAGGAAGAUUAAAGCAAACUAAUAGUUUGGCCAUUUAAAUGACUGAGAUCCUUCUAGAGCUCUCGUUUGCUCAAUGACUUGACUAGACAGAUUACAUAUAAGCUGUAAAAAUACUAGGUAGCGUACGUGGGAGUUGUGAAGACGGGGAAAUUAAGCUUUAUGUCACACGCUCUUUGAAUCAGAGUAGUACGUUUUAAAAGAUCUUUGUGCUGCGACUAAUUAAGGGUUGAAUUUAAAGUCCACAAAGUGCUGUUUCGGAGGAGUGGCGUACAAGGCUUUUUUUUGUUUUGUUUUUUCGUUUGCGAAAGUUGCAAACAAGCGCCAACAGCUACACUUUAUAGAUCUUUGUUAAACUAUAAGGACACUAUUACAAUCCUGGUCUUACUAGCAAAGGAUGCGUAGACGAAGAAGAACUUCUCGCCAAAAAAUAAAUUUAAGGCGACGUUAACAAAGUUUAACGCAAAAAGAAUUGUUCCCGUUCUCUGUCUCCCCCCCCCCCCCCCCUAUCCCCCUCUCGUGUGAUUAUUACACGAACGUUAAGCUAAUAUUUUUUAUUUCAAUCUUCUUUUGUUUGUUUGUCUUCUUUUGUUUGCUAUUUUAAAGAGGAUUUUACGGGGAGUUGAUGUGAAAUUGAAAAGGCGAAAAAGUAAGUUUCCCUUAUUUAUCUCGAUAAUGUACAAAGAAGCUUCAAGUAGAUAUAAUCCCUUCUGAAAGGGAGCUUUACAAAAGGUUUUAAGCAGAUAAGAAAAGGCUUUUGAACUAUAUCAGAAACCAAAAUGCAUAAAUACAGGGGCGGAUCUGGGGGUCCUGUUUUAAUAAAAAAAAAUACAAGAAAUAUUAGGAAAUCCACGGAAGAACAAUAAGUCCGCUAGCCCCUUUCUCGAAACCCUUGACGCCCGACCUCUCUGAAACUCCUGGUUCCGCUCCUGUAAAUGGUUUUACUAGUCUAGACAGGGUUGACUCUACACUGUAGAUGAGUAGAUAGAAUAAAGUUUAACUAAAUGAAAUUAGUCUUAGUCAAAAACAUAUAUUAUACAAGGUAUAUA